GCCGUUUUACGUGACCCCUUUUUGUUUCCAAAUAUAGCACAAGCAUGGCCGGUUCCUCGGGUUUGUUGAGAUGUCCUCCAUAUUGUAAGAGUAGCUGUACAGUGAGACAUCAUCCACUACUCCUGGCUGUUGUCAACUGUAUAGACACAGAGGAAGACCAGGAAAUGAUGGAAUCCUUGUUACAAGACUUGCAAGACUGUAUCAAUGACUACACAAAGGAUGGAAAAUGGAAGAAAGAAGGUGUUAUCCCUGAUCCCAAUGAAGCAUAUCAGUUUCCUAUGAUACACUGGGCAUGUGCAUUAGGAAGGGUGUUUGCCGUUCUUUGGUUAAUAGAAGAGGAUUUCAAGCCAACACAGCAAACCACUGAAGGUGAUACGGGACUGCACAGGGCCAUCUACUGCCUGCAGGAGACGUGUCCUAAGGAGGCCCUGCAGAAGUUUCAGAAACUGGUCCCACCCAUGGAGAGUGCUUUACUGGUGAAGAAUCUCUCUGGUUGCACCCCUGUCCACACCUGCUGUCAGCUGCUGCACAAAGAGGUGCCUAAAGUGGAGUUUCAUUAUGAAUGUCUGGCAGCCAUGGUGGGACAUGGAAAGAGAAAGGGGGAUGAUUUUUUGAAGAGUUUGUUAUCAAGCCAGAAUGCUGAGGGUGACACACCCCUCCAUAUCCUAAGUCAGCAUGAUAGAAAUAUGAAUGGAAUCAAACUUCUUAUUGAGGCAGGGGCACGCACAGAUAUAGAGAAUAAAAAGGGAUUUAAGCCCUUAGAUGUUGCAAUAGACUGUGGGCAGUUGAAGCUGUCCAAGUACUUUCAGGAUUUGCGUGUAAUACAGCGUAAAACCCACAAACAGAAUCAAAAUACUUCUUCAGACAUAGAUGUACUGGGAGGAAUGCAAUCAAACUCUGGAGGUCUCUACUCCCCAAGUACACCACGUCAAUCAUCAAGAAAAAUCCGAGAGUCGCCUAAAAUGACAUCAGAGAAGAGAGCAGUUAUGCCAGCAGAGACGGAUGUUGGAUCCAGCAUUAAGUGCCCUGUAGAACCCAACUCCAGUUCUCUUGAGCCAGACCCCAAGAAAGCCAAGACUAGCACAACAUUGCUGUGGAAAGUGAACAUUGCAGCUCAGCCACCUGAAGAAAGAAAUUCUUUAACCAUAAAUGCAAAAACUGCUCUGCCAACAACAGCAAAAAGCGCUGCAACAACUACGGUAACUACAGCUGCAGGAAAAGGGACUGUAACAUCUAACGAACAGAAUAUUUUGAGUUACUUUAAAUAUAGCACCUCAGAGGCCAGGAGCGUGUUCAGGAAAGCCAUGGAGAGGGACAGGGACAUUCACCAAAGAGAGCUUCAUGAUAUGGACAUUGAAAAGAAAAAAUUAACAAACAGCUUAGCAGCUACCAUAGAACAACAGCAAGAAGCAUCCCAGCAAAUUCAAAGAAAACUUCAGGAGAUCGACCAACUACAAAAGAAAGAACAGAAUUUAAAAGGAAAAAUACAGGGUAUCCACAAUAGGUUAGACUCUAUUUCACAAAUGUCGUUAAAAGCACAAGAACAGUUCAGGACCUGUCAGCAUGCACUGGAUGCCUUUGACAAACUGUGACAUGAAUUGUCACUGGAAGACGGCAUGCCUGCAUCUGAUAUGAUGAACUUCUGCUUGAAAAAACACAGCUUGGUUUUUAUAUCAUGAUAUAUAUUAGAUAUUUCCCAGCAUCAAGAUUUUUUUACAAGAGUUGUCCCUUGUAGAUUAAAAGGUCUGUUGUGCUCCUGCUUUGAUUUUUUUGAUUUUGUAGGAGGAUAUAUAUAUAUAUCACUUAUAAUAAAAACCAAUGGAGGAAAAUAAUUUUCAAUAGACA